UCACACCCGAUCAGGACCUUCGAGAUGUGGUGAGGAAUAGGCAUGCAAAAAGAACCAUGUUAACAGAAUUCUUCUAUAUGAAUUCAGUGGACAAACUGGCUCAGCAUCUUAAGUGCACGUACAAAGAAUUCCCAGAACACUUCGUUUGGUACCCUGGCAAGAAGAAAUGGGAACCCAGAAAACAAAAGCAUUCUAUUGGUAGAAUUGUCGCAGCAAGCAUAGGAGAAGGAGAACGUUACUUUCUUAGAUUACUCCUAACACAUGUUAGAGCUCCAACAUCAUUCGAUGACCUCAAGACAAUCAAUGGAAAAUAUAUCAGUACAUUCCGUGAUGCAGCUAUCCUUAGAGGCUAUUUUGAAUCAGAUACGUCGCAGGAGCAAUGUCUUGAAGAAGCUAGCUCGUACCAGAUGCCAUACAUACUGAGAAGGCUAUUUGCAACUCUCCUGGCGGAACAGGCAAAACAUUUCUCUAUCGAGCACUCUUAGCUGAAGUGAGAUCAAAAGGAUUCAUAGCACUUGCUACAA